CAGUCACAAAUUUUACCGCAGUAUACGAUAUAUCUAAAACACUUUUCAAACUCAUCGCGCAGCUUAAACUAGAAAAUCGACCACCAGAUAAUCGUAUUACCGUACGAUAAGAUGUUGUCACGGAGCACAUCUCUAAGGGCGAGACUGAACUGGCGCCGUGCUUUUUUACCCCGGCUGACUCUAGCCAACUUUAUACCACGCUUCGUUCGCCAGUUGAGCGCCGCCAGUCGUACGGGGAGGAUGUGCGCAUCGUCGCACGCGAACACCACCGAACGUGCGCGAACGUAAAAAUGACAAUAUAGUGCGUAACUUUUUUUUUCUUUCGUCUUGAAAACUGUGUCUUAUAAAGUGCCAAUACGAGUUGCCUUCAAGUGUUUUCGAUGAAAAGGAUUGUUUAUCAGAAGUUUUUAAUUGGAUUUGUCUUAAGGAUAUAGAGAUGUCGAGUUUUACGACUACAGGAGAUGCGACGCAGGCUGCUGUCAAAGAUCGCUUAGUGGAGCGUGAUGCGGGCUUCGUGUCCGGCGGUGACGACGACGACUCGUGCUCGGGGCCGGCGCACUCGGACGACUCCGGGGUCCGGCUGGUCGAGUCCGACUCCCGCGGGAAGCGAGCCCGCACUCCCACGAGGCUACAACCUCCCAAGAAACGCAUCCGCCUCAGCUCACGCGACGACCUGCCCAGCCCCGAGAGCGAUACCUCACCCAACCCCUUCAGGCCGUGGUCUUUCACCGAGGAACCUCAAAGAGAACCCCUAUCUUUAGUGAAGAAAGAAACUAGCCUUUUACGGCAGAGAAGAAGGCCGCUAGAGCCCCCACCACCCCCAAUCCCACCACCACCGGGCCCGCCAGGCCCACCCAGGGUACCACCACACCCGGGCGUUGUAGAACCCUACCCAGAGAAAUCUAAACCUAGGGAACAAAGAAACUACAAAAAUAUGACCCGAGAAAGGAGAAUAGAAGCUAAUGCUAGAGAAAGGACAAGAGUUCACACCAUCAGUGCCGCAUUCGACACCCUCAGACGGUCAGUUCCUGCGUACAGCCAUAACCAGAAACUGUCCAAACUAUCGGUGCUACGGAUAGCGUGCGCGUACAUUGCGGCGCUGUCAGCCGCGAUAGACCCCGAAGCUGACCUAACAACAGCAGUGGAUCAAGUAACGCACACCAUUCACACCGAGGGAAAAUUGAGAAAGAAGAAGGACGACCCUUGAACUAUUCGGAACAGAAGUGUUCGAACGCAUUCUUUAUUCAAAUUAUUACCUUGAUCGGUUUCUGACGUACUUGACAGUUACGUCAUCCAUUAUUGAAAUGAUUUGUUUUGCACAGGCAAAGGUCUUGACGAUACUGCCUAGAUGUUAUUCUGAUACCUUAUUUUUGCAUUCAUGCAAAAGUAUUUCUUGCUGCGUACCAUACUAUUCAUAUGAGACUAGAAAGUCAUGGAUAAUUAUGGGACAUUACGCAGAGGCCGAUUAGGGUCGCCACGUUUCAAUUAAAACCGUCCUGCGAAGCCUAUUCUCUUUGCUCGAAUAAGUUAGUACAAAUAUGGCAAUAAUAUUGGUACAGGAAAUUUAAAUAUACCUAGUAGAUAUGUAAAUUGAUACGAUUAAAGUCUGUUUAAAUUGUAAUUACAAAGGAAAAUAAUCGAUGUAAAUUCGGGCGAUUUUAAAAUUGUAACUAAUUCUGCAUAGCAAAGCUUGGUCUUUUAAAAACUUCAUAAUAUGAAUCUCAAACUGGCUGGAAUACACGAGUCAGUAAUAGUAAAAUCAUAGCAUUAAAACAUUAAGGGAAUCCAUUACAAAUUAAAUCAUAAAUCGUAUAUUUCAUCAAGACCUAAAAGACAUCAAUUUAAUGGAACUUCUAACAUUGUGUCUUCUUCGAUCUAAGAAACCGUCGAUUCUCUAAUGUCGAAACUGAAAUCGAUUUCGGCGAAUCCAUUUGAAAUUGUUCCCAUUAGAAGAUCGACUCAGUACAAAUUAUAAUGUUCCUAUUUCAAUUUUAUUCCGGUCGUCUGACAGAUGGCGGAAUAGAACGAUUCCUACUAUUUUGUAAUUUAAAAAGACAGGACUGUCAUUGUCUCAUGGUUGUAAUGUUCCAAUUGCCUAAAUAAAAAAAAUAAACCUGUUUUGAACAUAUUCUCUGAAAUACAAUUCGUAUUUAGAAGAAUUCUUAAAGUUUACCAUUCCUCAGUCCAGUAUUAAAUAAGGC